AUGGUGCCAUCCGAGGAUCUCUUGCCGGUUCUCGUCCUCGUCGUCGGCGAUUCCUACGAUUGGGCUCCCGUUUCUCCCUUCGACGCCACCGAUCUCUCCUCCAGGGUCCGAUCCGUCGUCGUCACCUUCUCGUAUCGACUCGGACGACUCGGGUUCCUACGGCUCGGAGGAGUGGCGUUGAAUCUGGGAUCGAUGGAUCAGAUCGCGGCUCUGCACUGGGUCCAAGAAAACAUCUUGCAGUUCGGCGGAGACCGGGAUCGGGUGACGUUGUUGGGGCACGGAACGGCAGGAGCCGCUUCUUCCCAUCUCUUGAGCCUUUCUCCGGCCGUCCGAUUCAGUGAGUCGCACUCUCGUCGCGACUCGGCGAUGGCGAUCCGUGGAAUCGCUCCCGUAAGGUUUCGCGCGACGAGACCGCGAACGAAAGCGAGACGGGGUUCGACAUCCGUUCCCGUCCUCGUCGCGUCGUCCCUUCCCGUUCCCGUCCUCGUCGCGUCGUCCCUUCCCGUUCCCGUCCUCGUCGCGUCGUCCCUUCCCGUUCCCGUCCUCGUCGCGUCGUCCCGUCCCGUUUCCUUUCUGCCGACCGGAUCCCUAAACCCUCCGUCGCCGAGGGAUCGUACGAGCAUGCGUCGACGAGAGGAAAAUCCUCUCGUUCCUUUCGAGAAGGAAUUUAGCGAGAGUCCGAGGUGCGUCCUCGAGCGGAAGGGAACUAAAACUCGAGACGGUUUACGAGAAGGAAACGAGCGGACGAGGCGAAUCGAGUGCAAGCUCUUCCAUCCGUUCGCAUGGGGAACUUCUUUCCGGGGAUGUGCAACUCGAGACGGUAGGAUUCCCAGUCGAAGGUAA